AUGUUGAGCCGCGAUAAGAGACUUUCCAAGCGAAUGCACGAAGCCGAUCCAGCUCUAAAGGAUUCUGACAUGAAUAUGUUGUCUUAUGCACGCAAGCUCUUCUAUUUUCGACAUUUGGCGAAUGGUGGCAUCGGACUAGGCUCCGUCUUCGUCCAAACGAGCGAAGAUGCGCCAGGUUUUCUAGAAGCAGUCGUAAUGGCUCGCGAUUUCGAGAGUACCGAUCCCAGAGAUAAGAUCUUCGCAUUAUGGAAUCUCGCUCAAGAUAAGACCGGCCUAGACUUCAAGCCUCAUUACACAGAGCCGUAUGAACGCAUCUACGCUGAUUUUGCUCGAGCCUGGAUAAACCAGAAGCAUUCGCUAGAUAUAUUGGGAGCAGUGGAAGCGUCAGAAAGUAGCUGUUCCUUUUACAGAAAAACGCCAUCUUGGGCGCCGGAUUGGAGUGUACCUACUCAAGCCAGCUGUCUUGUACGCAAGGACUACAUUCCAAUGAAAUUUAUCUCGAUAGUAGACGACCAGCAAGGAAGGUUGUACGUCGCAGAUGGUGACACCACACACGACACAUUCGAAGAACCCUUCCUCCGUUUCCAGGACAACUUGCUACAUUGCACUGGACUCAUCAUAGAUCAAGUUGGGACCAUCUUACAAGAACCUCCACAGCUAUCAGGUGAAACAGAACAUUUCCAAUACGCUGGCUCUGAACGGAAAUUCUACUGCUGGACUAUCGAACUUACCCAGCAUUUCCGAAACUUCGGUUCAAGCAUCUACGACGAUCCCCUACGAGCAGCUUGGGCAAUGUGCCAUGGCGAUAACACUGCUGCAUGGCCACCUAACCCUGGCUUCACGCCCCCUCUCGGCUAUCCAUACACAUGCCAGACAAAGCUCUCAAAACACAUUUCCUCAUGGGCGCAUGGAUACCGCAAAUCUGAAGCCCGGAACGUAGUCAGACAAGUCUUGCGCGGUCGGCGACCAUUCAUAUCAAACACCGGAUAUAUGGGCUUGAUACCUACAUACAUUGCUGAUCAAUGGUCGGAAAUAGGAGGACAGUGCCAUCUCGCUGUUAUAGCCGGAUGCUCUGUUCCACUCAUUCUACAGGAAAAAGACGAUGAGACGUAUACGGUUCUUGGGACGUGCUUUGUGCAGGGGUGGAUGGAGGGCGAGUGGAUAGAGACGAUGAUGGGGGCGGAGUCGCCGGCGGAGUUUUGGACGGGUAUGAGGGGUGUAGCGAUGCUGAGAAUAGUGUGA